CACUGCACUGUCUCUCUCGGGUCUACGGCCACGUCGGCUCUCUCAUUUAUGCUGACAUUUCCACUCAGAAGUUUUUUUGUGAAGCGGCAAAGCCAGAAAGUUUUACUCGUUGGCAAAUUGGACAAUUAAAUUGGGGUGCGUUCGUUCUAACUCGUCGAGAGGCAGCAGCAGCGGUUGGCAGCGCAGGAAAAACACCAAACAACACAUACGACAGCAAGUCGACGACGUGCAGAAUGAACAUCUUUCGGUUCGCUGGGGACUUGUCCCAUGUCUUCGCCAUUAUUAUAUUGCUGCUGAAGAUCUGGAAGACGCGCUCGUGCGCCGGCAUAUCCGGCAAGUCGCAGAUUCUGUUCGCGGUGGUCUACCUGACCCGCUAUCUCGAUCUCUUCACCACCUACGUGAGCCUGUACAACUCGGUGAUGAAGGUGCUCUUCCUGGCCACGUCCGGUGCCACGGUCUACCUGAUGUACGUCAAGUUUAAGGCCACCUACGACCACAACCACGACUCGUUCCGUAUUGAAUUCCUGCUGGUGCCGUGCGCCCUCCUCUCGCUGGUGAUCAAUCACGAGUUUACGGUCAUGGAGGUGUUAUGGACCUUCUCCAUCUAUCUGGAAUCGGUGGCCAUUCUGCCGCAGCUGUUCUUGGUGAGCAAAACCGGAGAGGCCGAGUCCAUCACCAGCCACUACCUCUUCGCCCUGGGAUCCUACCGUGCGCUCUACUUGCUCAACUGGGUCUACCGGUACAUGGUGGAGUCGCACUACGACCUCAUCGCGAUCUUUGCCGGAAUCGUUCAGACCAUUCUUUACUGCGAUUUCUUCUACUUGUACAUUACCAAAGUUCUUAAGGGCAAGAAGCUGCAGCUGCCGGCAUAAGUGCAUUAUACAUAAUCCACAUCAUCAGUCCGAAGCAUUAACAAACAAGUGAAUAUGGAUAUGAAACGAGAGGCGAGAGCAGCAGCCCGGCCGUUUGACAAAGCGUAUUUAGUUCAUAUUAAACAGAAGAUAAAUCGAGCUCGAUAGGCUCUCCCUAAGUUGUAAUUAUUUUAUGAGAAAUAAACCGAAACUCGGAAGUCAAAACUGUCUUGCAAUACACCAACAUACAUUGGAAAUGUAACAAUAUCCGUUUUCCGACGCACUCGCGAAUUUUGAAUCCCAGAAUAAGGCAAUCCCGGACGCAAUACGUUAUAUAUUACAACUUAUUUACCUUUUUUUUAGUGUAGCCGGGAAUUUCAUCCAAAAAACAAUAUCACACAAGAGGUCAUAGAUAUUCUUGUUUAAUUUAGACUUUAAAUAAUAUCUAUUAAAUAGCUUCUAAGCUGACUGUAUCCUAAUAAAAAUCCGAGUAAGCUUAA